GUAUGUUUAUAUUUAUUUUUAAAAACUAACUUGCAGAUUCAAACUUUUGCUUCCUUUAUUUUAUUCAAAAAAUAUUUUUUUCCAUUCCAACUGCAUUGUUAAUUAUAAAGGUUUAGUUAAAUAUAAAUGGAUAUUACUCCUGAAACGGCUGAUCCUGAAACCGUUCUUACGGAUACUUGUAGAGUUUGUUUAUUGAAAGUGGCAAAAGCAACAUAUUUAUUUUCAGCAGAAUCAAUUGAUAUACUAGAAAAGUUGCAUUCAUGUUUUCAAUUGACUUUAACCUAUAAAAAAUAUUUACCUUCUGUUAUUUGUGAUAGUUGUAUAGAAGAGUUGAAUAUUGCUUAUAAUUUUCGCCAAAAAUGUGUAAGCAUUGAAGAGCGCUUUUCUAUUCUGAUACAAAUAACUGAUCAUAAUGAAGACAAUAAUAUUGAUGAUCCUGUAGAGCUCAAGGACGAUAUUUCUGAGAAAGUAGAGAUUUUAAAACAUGAUAGUGAAGAUAAAUUGUCAGGAAUUCAAGAGAUAUCCAAAAUCAAUUAUAGUGUUGAAAAAGAUACUUUUCUAUGUACUCUUUGUAAUAAGGCACUCAAAAGUGAAGCAUCAUUGGCCAAGCACAAUGUGUCUAUGCAUCAGAAAAGGAAACAUUUGGGUAAAGUGACAGGUUUUGGGCCUGAUCGCCGCUAUCAUUGUACCAAGUGUUCUUAUUGCACUCCUCACAGCCAGACCUUAGUGAAUCAUAUGAGAAGGCACAAUGGAGAUCGACCUUAUUGUUGUCACUGUGGCAAAACAUUUACACAAGCUUCAAGCUUGAAUGCACAUAGAAAGACGCAUAGUAAUACUACAUAUUUUACUUGUACCAUUUGUGGAAAACAGUUCAAACAUGCAUUUACAUUAAAGAAACACCUCAAUGUGCAUGGGGCAGGAAAGUUUUUAUGUGAUAUCUGUAAUAAACAAUUGAAGUCCAGACAGUCUCUACAAGACCACAUGUAUCGACAUUAUAACAUUCGCAAUUACAAUUGUGAGGACUGUGGUGAUACAUUUGUAACACAUUCUGAACUGCUAAACCACAAGAAGAAACAUGGUAUGAUAAAGAGAGUAGAGUGUCACCUCUGUGGUUAUAAAACUCAUACAAAAAAGACUUUAAUUAUUCAUUUAAAAAGACAUGCUGGUGAUAAAUCUUUUAAAUGUGGUUUAUGUCAAAUAACCUUCUAUACAAAUGGUGAUCUACAGCGUCAUGCACGUGUACACACACAUGAAAAACCAUAUCCAUGUCCAGUUUGUACUCAAAAAUUUGCACAUAGCACUAGUCUCAACAAACAUAUGAAUACCGUACAUGGCAUCAAAUUUAAGUGGGCAGAUGUCAAAGGAAAAGAGUUGGGAAUGGAAAAAAGUUCUAAGUUUUCUUGGGUAGAAAAUGUAAUAAAACAGUGAUUUUUAAA